CAUCCCUAUAAAUAUACAAGGCAGACACCAUCAAUUCCCUUGCAUAAUAUCAAUUCUUUCUCACUUCUCACACGAUACUUACAUCACAAGUCUCCCUAGUCCCUCCACCUCCACCCGUAGCGCCGCCCCUUGCCGGAGUAUUGCAACUUCCAUACAUCAAUUUCUAAUUAAAAUCUUCCUGUUUCUUGACCUAGCUAUAAACAAUGCCAUCAAGGGCUUCAGAUAGCAUGAGAGCUCAGCCUCUCUAUUUCCACCAUAAACAGUUGGAUUUAAGCAGAGUCAAGAAGUUACCUGACUCCCAUGCAUGGACUACGGCUCCGCCAAAGGACGACUACCCUCGUGGCGAAUUACUCAACGUUGAGACGGUUCCUGUUGUUGAUCUGGCUGGUAAAAAUGCCCAAGAUUUACUCGGCCAUGCAUGCAAAACAUGGGGCGUUUUCCAAGUCAAAAACCAUGGCAUCUCCAAGAACUUGCUCCAGGAAAUUGAGUCUGCCGGAAAAGGACUUUUCUCGCUCCCCAUGCAUCAAAAACUUAAAGCUGCUCGUUCCCCUGAGGGGGUCUCUGGCUAUGGAGUCGCUCGUAUUUCUUCAUUCUUCCCUAAACUUAUGUGGUCCGAAGGGUUCACCAUUGUUGGUUCUCCACUGGAACAUGCACGUCAACUUUGGCCCCAUGAUUACCAUAAAUUCUGCACUGUAAUUAAAGAGUACGAGAAGGAAAUGAAAAAGCUCGCGGGGAAGCUGAUGUGGUUAAUUCUUGGGUCACUGGGCAUAACUGAGGAGGCGGUGAAAUGGGCUAGCCCUCAAGGAGCAUUUGAAGGUGGAAAUGCUGCCAUUCAAUUGAACUCUUACCCGGCCUGUCCGGAGCCCGACCGGGCCAUGGGUCUAGCUGCGCAUACGGACUCCACCAUACUUACCAUCCUCCACCAGAAUAACACCAGUGGUUUACAGGUGCUCCGUGACGGCGGGGCCGGGUGGGUCACGGUUCCUCCUCUUCCCGGAGCUCUGGUGGUCAAUAUUGGGGACCUCCUUCACAUACUAUCCAACGGGUUGUACCCUAGUGUACUGCACCGGGCCGUCGUGAACCGGACCCGACAUCGGUUCUCCGUAGCUUAUCUUUAUGGGCCCCCAUCCGGUGUUACAAUUUCACCACUUCAAAAACUAGUAGACCAAGGCCGCCCUCCUCUAUACAGGCCAGUCACUUGGACUGAGUAUCUUGGCACCAAAGCGAAACACUUUGACAAGGCACUGUCACUAGUUAGGGUUUGUGCUCCUUUAAAUGGGUUUGGGGAUGCGAAUGAUCAUCAGAGUGUGACUGUGGGUUAAAAUAAAGUGCUUUUUCUUUUUCUUCUUUUUGUCCCUUGUAAGGAUCGCUACGGAGAUUAUUCUUGAGGUAAGUUUUUCAACUAUUUUUAUUAUUUGUCUUACAUUGACAAUAUAUAGACUUCUUUUAACA